AUGGCGGAGAUCGCCGCCUCGCAGCAGCUCAUUGCACAGAGGCGGCUGAAGUUCCGCUUCAUGAUGCACGACGCCUGGGAGAACGCUCUUUUCGUCCACUGGCCCGUAGCGCCCGAAGUGGUGGCGAAACUGCUGCCAAGGGGCCUGGAGCCCGACAUCUUGGAAGGUUCAGCUUGGGUGGGCCUGGUGCUCCUCACGGAGCGCGGCGUCUCCGCCGCACACCCGCUGGGACGCACACUUGUGCGUCCGAUUGAUCACCUGGGUGCCAACAUCCGAACCUAUGUUCGCCACAACGACGUGCCGGGCAUCUUCUUUUGGUCUCUGGAGUGCUCGAGCAUACUGGCAUCUCUUGGCGCGCGCCUGGCGGGAAUCCCCUACUACCCGGCCAGCAUGGAGCGUGAAGUAGACCAGGAGCCCUUCGCUGCCACCGGCGAGCAGGCGAAGCCCUUGGCAGCGACCGCUGAAGGCUUCACCUUCACGUUCUCUUCCACACGGUCCGGCCUCCUUCGUCGACCCACUGUGUCUGCCCAGUGGCAUCUGCUGCCCGAGACCUCCGGAGACGACAAGUUUUCGCAGCGGGCCACCUGGUUCGUGGAGAGGUAUUCCGUCUAUGCGGCCUGGCCUCUGGGGCAGGGACCUCUCCUGCUCAGGGGUGAUGUAGAGCAUCCCCAGUGGCCGGUGCAACCGGCCGCCUUGGACCAUUUGGCGGCCGCGCCCCUCUUGGAGGCGGCUGGCCUAGAGCAGCUGGCUGCACAGCAGAGAGCGGGCGAGGUGCAGCCGCACGUUUGCUUCUCGCGUGGCGUCGGCCCGGUGAACUUCUGGAUGCUUGAGCCUGUCUGA